ACGGGGAGGAUCGUCAAGGCGGGCUGCCCUACGGCGCAGGAGGGGAGGGCCCAGAGCUGGAUCCCAGCCCCGGGCUGUGGCGGGAGCGACGCCCCCUCCCAGACCUUGGGCUGAGAGAGCAGAGCCUGACCUCAGGCUGUGGGGAGAUCGAAGCCCCCCUUCCAGACCUUGGGCUGAGGGCGGGACCCAGGCUGGGGGAGGGCAGAAGAGGCGAGGCCUGGGGCUUCAGGAAGGGAUGGGUGGCAAGGCCCAGGGGUGGGUUGGUCUCUGUCCUGAGAAAAGCAGGACAGAGACCAGCCCACCCAGAGAUGCCCCCCACCCCAUGCUGCCCAAAUGGGGAGACCCUGGGCAGCGGUCUUAACCCAGCAGCCCAAAGGUUUAAGGCCCUGGUUCUCCUCCCCUCCCCUUCCCUCCCUUCCCCUCGCCUGGGCUUUUGACCCCUCCCAGCCCCUCCCCUCGCCUCCACCACCUUUGCCCGGUGGUGGUGACGUUGCGGUGUCUCUGGCGCAGACCAGGCCGGAGGCUGGGGCUGGAUCCUGGCGGCCAUGUUCUCCCUGCUGUCCCUCCCCUCCUGGCUCCCCAGCCUCCCCUCCCUUGAGUGGGGCUCCGGCCUCCUCGACGCCCUCCUGCAAGGUGAGCCCCUCCCCCAUCCCCCUCAGCCCCACCCCCUCCGGGGCACCAGCCCGGCGCAAGACGAACCCCACCCACGUGCGUCUCCCACCGCCCCCUCCUCUAACCCUACCAAGCUGCCUACCCUCCCUACUAACCCCGUCAGGCCUCGUCGGGGCCUGCGGAGUCUCCGUCCUGAACAACCUCCUGAAGGUCUACUUCUUCGUAGGCUGUACCAAUGACCCGGAGCGGCGGCUUGAAAAGGAACGGCUGCGGGCCCAGUGGGCCUCGCUGGAGACCGUGCACCUGGCAGGGCUGGCCCUGAUCCUGACCGUCGUGCAGGUCCGGGUGGCCGCCCUUGUGGUGCUCGAGUUCUCCCUCCGGGCUGUCUCCAUGCUGCUUUCCCUGGACAAGGGCGCCCGGGGCACCGAGAGGCUGCAGCUGUACCUACUGUGCCAGUACUCGCUGGGCUGCGGGCUGACCUGCAGCCUGAGCUUCCUGCAGGAGGGCGCCCCGCACCGCACGCUGAACCUGCUGCUGGGCCUGGGGCUGGCCGCGCUGCUCCGCUCGGGCACCCGGCGCCUCCGCCGCCACGUCUGCCAGCUCUACGAGCUGCACAGUAGCCAGCGCUACUGUGGGAUCUGCCUGGGCCUGCUGGCUGGCGCUUGCAGCCUCCCCCGGCUGCUGGGCCGCGCCCUGGCCGUGACCUUUGCAGUGGGCAACCUGGCAGCCGUGACCCUCCUCAACCGGGACUUCCUGACCACUUCGGAGGCUGUGCGUUUCUGGAUGCCGCUCACCAUCUGCUACGCCCUGCUGGUCAUCUACAUGCAGGAGGAGCGGCAGCAGCAUCCCGGCCUGCAGAGCCAGGUCCAGACGGUGCUGGUACGCAUGUGCGGCCUCUUUCUGCUGCUGCUGACCGUGGGCCGCUGGCUGGACCUCGUGGGCAUCUUCACCUCCCUGCUGGGCGAGUUCUGGUGCCUGCUGGACACCCGCACCCUGUUUGAUCUUUGCCAGAUACAGGAUUUUCCAUCCCAGAGGCCUUCCGUGUCAGCUCCAAGCCAGCCCCGGCCCUCGGCACCUGCCCGGCCGCAGGGGACGGCCCCCUCUUGACUUACCUCAGCAAGGACCCGGAGUCUCUCAGAGCCCCCCGGGCUCACCUGGAAGCCUUGACCCCAGGAUACUGCCUGGCGGCAGGACGGCAGGGCUGCCCCCCACCUGGAGCACUGGGGGCCCCCGGGAGGGAGGAGAGGAUUUGGGGCUGGGCCCCUCAGAGGGUGGGGAUGCAUGGAGGCUGCUGGGUUAACCCUCUUUUUCUCAGGGUGGGCAAUGGGUACAGCCCCUCAGCCCUGCCUUCCCGGAGCGUUGGGGGGUGGGGAGAGAUUGUAUCCUCAGAAUGGCUUCCUCCUUUACCAACCUCCC